AUACCAAACUGGCGAAGCACGGCUGCGGAGUAAUAAAGUGGCGAAGCCGCCCGACGAGAAUGUUACAAAUUCAAAUAACUCCACCGGCAAGUCCCCUCCGCCGUCCUUCAGUACCGGAAGAAGGCGAGGCGCCCAACCGAGAGCACCAGGGGAAAGGAAGUGCGCCUAGGCAUCGACAUGGAGGACUUCUACGUCACGAUCCUCUACGGCCUGCUGCUCGUAGCCGGCGGCGUAGCCGGCUACAUGAAGCGCGGCAGCGCCGCGUCUCUGGUCGCCGGGGGCGGAUUCGGCGCUGCGCUCCUUCUCGCUGGUGCGCUCAGCGCCUGGGCCUUCGCGCACGGCAGAGGUGGCGCUGCCGCCAUCUUUGCCACCGUCCUUCAGAUCGUUUGUGCUGUGCUAUUGACUGUUGUCAUGGGAAUAAGAUACGUCAAAACACAAAAGAUAAUGCCUGCUGGAAUUGUCGCUUCUAUCAGUGCACUCGUACUGAUAUUUUACGUGUACAAGAUAUCUACCGGUGGCAACAAGGUUUAUAUGUCGGUGAGUGCCGAGUGAAUCUGCUGGGCGUGUGGUGUUCCGUGUACAUGUUUGUACGGCAGCUAAAUGUGAAGACAACAAAAUCAUCUGUGUAUCAAUUGUAUUUUAGUGAGGCAAACACUGUACCAAACAAUGAUGGCAUGAGUUAGUUAAGAUGUGGAUGUGGACACAUGUUCAAUUUAAGCUUUUUGAUAGUACU